AUGAAAUAUUAUCAUUUAAGCCUGCUGGUGAUUCAAGUGACAUGUUACAGUUUUCCAAAGAAAUUUUGUGACAUCGAAUCAGACGGAUUGACGAAGCAAUGUUUUCUAAAAGAAACUUUAGUGUCAAUGGCGCACAGUCCAAAUCAAUUAGCUGUUGAUACCACUACAAACGAUUUAUACUUCAGUUUUGAUUCUGGACAAGGUGAAUAUAUUCCGGUUAAGGUCAAUGUUGAUACGAAAAAAGUGACCGUAAUGAAAGGUAUUAAAGAUGCAUUCGCUGUAGCAUAUGAUUCGACAACUAAAGAAAUAUAUUUCGGAGGAAGUUACGGCAUUUAUAACUACAGUCCUGCUAAGAAGCUCUUGAGGAGAUUAGCAAUAGGAAACUUAGAUAUAUGGUGGCUGUUUGUCAAGAAGAAUAUUUUUUUUAUAAAAUUUCCAAGUUUGAAUGCAUUUUAUUACGUGAACAAAACUGUCAAGUACGUACAUCGAUUGAAAACAAGAACGAUGCAUCAAUUCGUCUAUGAUAAUGAUGAAAACAUAUUUUUUAUUAACAGUACUGGUUUGUAUGGUCUCAAAAAUAACAGCAAUGAAGCAGUCAUGUUAAGAGAUAGUCCCAGAUUUUUAGGGAUGACGCUAGAUAACAAAGGGCAGUUGUACUUAUGCAGUGAAGAUGCAAUUUACGUUCUCAGUAAGAUUGUUCAGAAAGUGAAAAGAUUAGUAAAUGUACAAGGUGUAUUGGGUCUAACUUUUGAUAAGAAUAAUAAUAUGAUUUAUUCAGAUUCUCAUGACGUCGUCCGUUUGCUUGUUGUCUCCAAUGACAAUUAUUACGACGCGCUGAAUAGUGUAACGUUUUAGCUACUAAUUUGGAUAUGCACUUUAGAUGUUUUUUUUUUAUUAAAUCUUCCAUAAAGGUUCUGUUUUAUCAUAUCCUUUAACAAAUGCUGAUUUAAAUACAUUCUAUAAAUCAUUAUUGUUUCUUCAGUUAUUCUACACCAACGUAUCUUUUUAUGAUUUAGAGUCAUUGAGCGUUAUUAGCCUUAUUACUUAAUUACACUUCUGGCUCAA